AUGGGGAAUUGGGCUGAUCUCCCUCCCGAGCUCCUUGACCUUAUCCUCUCCAACCUAUUUGCCGGAGACCGCCACAGUUUCAGCCUCGUCUGUCGGCCUUGGAACAGAGUCGCCGCAUCCUCACCCCACCGGUAUUCGCCCUGCCUCAUUGACUACCACCCGGGCACGCGCACGUGGCGGUUUCACCACCCGCACGGCGGCUUCUUCUUCCACGAGACCUUCCCGGAGCUCCCCAAGGAUGCCGAGAUACGCUGCUCCCGGCACGGCUGGCUGCUCAUCUCCCGGCCCGACACCACCCUCUUCUUCUUCGACCCCUCCAACCGCCGGUCAGUCGAGCUCCCGUUCACAACCCCUCCCAGCCUCCACUCCAUCUCCUUUUUCCAUCCGCCAACCUCCGAGGACUGCACGGUGUUGGGGAUCCACAACAUAAGGUGUGAUCAGUUGGUAGAGAUUCACGUGCUAAGGCGCGGAAAGAACGGGUGGUCGGGCGUCGAGCAAAAAACGGCGUCAAGUUUCUCAUUGUCGCGUGGGGCCCCGAUUCUCCACAGAGGGCUCGUCUACUUCUUGGAUUUGAAAGGAAAUAUCGCGAGGUUCGACAUGUCCGAACGGCGUCUCGACGUGAGUUACAAGUGCUUCCGAUGGAGGCGUGUCCGAAAAGGUUAUAUAAGAGAGCACUACUUGUUCAAGGUGAAGGGGCUCGAUGAGCUUUUCGGGGCGUUUGCCUUCGGAGAUGAGCGCAAGGUGAGGGUCUAUAGGCUCUUGGAGGAUUCGAUGAAGUGGGAUUUGGUUAAGGAUUUUGGGAACAAAGUGUUGUACCUAAGCUCCUUCUCGUCAUUUGGGUACACGGCUUGUACGGAAGCCACGGCUAACACGAUCCGGUUGCCCAAAUUUUAUGGUGGGAAUGCCAUUUUCUACUCUUUGAGGGACGGGAAGUUUCACUCGGAUGAUGGAAGAUAUUCGUGCGAAGAUGCACUUUGCCUUACGAGAUUGGAUUUUGCCACGUGGGUGAUACCGAUCAUCCCGACAAAUGACCUAAUUACGACGAAGUGGAUAUGA